UCAUUUUUAAUUGCGGUGUGCCGUUUCCGUAGAGGAGACAACCGGCAAACAGGAGCUUAACGGCGGCGUCCAUCUACAGGAGCCACAUCAUAUCGCAGUGGAGAGAGGAGGAGGAGGAGGAGGAGGAGAAGAGCGCUGAUUCACGGCUUGCAGGAGGAGGGAGAGCCGUGCGGGCUGGCUCAGAAGAUCCAUCUCUGCUGAGGGUGAAACCUUAAAAUAUCGAGCCCCCCUCCUCCUCCUCCCUCGUCACUGACAGCUUUGCGACCCCGUCAGAGAAGGAGGAUCUGGGGAGGAGGGCGCCAAGGCAGAGAGGACGAAAGGCGAUCACCUCUGGCCGAUUUGAUCCAAUCGCCAAUACCGAGCAGGCUGGGGACCUGCUUCUCCGUGCAUGAGGACGACACGGCGGCUUCACCGGGGGAUUUGGAGCACGUUUGACUCGAGAUCCAAUCAGCGAGAUUAUUUAGAGACUGUUGGCAGGUUGAUCUGAGCAGCAAAACCGUAAUAAAGGAGGCGGACAGGAGCUAUUUCGCAGUUUCUACACAAACUCCCCGGAAUACAAAUCCAGGUGGUGGGUGGAGAGAAAGCACAGCCCAGUGCUGGAUCUCAGAGGGACCAUCAGUGUGCUAAGGACCCUUGAGACGAAGGAGGGUGCAUGGAGGGUUCCAGGCCUGUAAAGACAGGGUCGUCAGCCUCCCUCUGGUUGGGGCUAGUCUCUGUGGCUGUGGCCUUCCUUUGUUCAGAGGCCCGGACCACUCCGAGCCCUCUGCUCAGCCACAGCAAUGCAACCUGUGAGGGGAACUCGAAGUGUUAUGCGGGGAUCAUCCUACCCAUCUGGUAUCCGGAGGAUCCCUCCAUGGGAGACAAGAUUGCUAGGGUCAUUGUGUAUUUUGUGGCCCUGAUCUACAUGUUUCUCGGAGUGUCUAUCAUUGCAGAUCGUUUCAUGGCGGCCAUUGAGGUCAUCACCUCCCAGGAGAAGGAAAUUGUCAUCAAAAGGCCCAAUGGGGAAACGACCACUACCACGAUCCGGGUGUGGAAUGAGACGGUUUCAAACCUCACCCUCAUGGCCUUGGGCUCAUCCACCCCUGAAAUUAUGCUUUCUGUAAUUGAGGUUUGUGGACAUGAGUUCAAAUCUGGUGAGCUUGGGCCGUCCACAAUCGUUGGCAGCGCAGCCUUUAAUAUGUUUGUCAUCAUUGGCCUCUGUGUGUCUGUCAUUCCUGAAGGGGAGGUACGCAAGGUCAAACACCUCAGAGUGUUCUUUGUCACUGCAGGCUGGAGCAUCUUUGCCUACAUCUGGCUCUACAUGAUCCUGGCUGUCUUUUCUCCCAAUGUGGUGCAGGUCUGGGAGGGUUUACUCACACUGGCCUUCUUCCCUAUAUGUGUGCUCCUUGCCUGGGUGGCAGACAGACGACUGCUUUUCUACAAGUUCAUGCACAAGAAGUACCGCACCGACAAACACAGGGGUAUCAUCAUCGAGACUGAGACUGAACGCUCCAAGGGGAUUGAGAUGGACGGCAAAAUGGUCAACUCUCACUUCAUGGACGGAGGUGCAGCCAGCAAUCUUAUCGGUUUGAUUGAGAGCAAAGAGGUAGACGAGUCCCGGCGCGACAUGAUCCGCAUCUUGAAAGAUCUAAAGCAAAAGCACCCAGAGAAAGAGUUGGAUCAGCUAGUUGAGAUGGCCAACUACUACGCUCUCUCACAUCAGCCAAAGAGCCGUGCCUUCUAUCGCAUCCAAGCUACACGCAUGAUGACAGGCGCUGGGAAUAUCUUGAAGAAACACGUGGCAGAGCAGGUGAAGAAGAACACCAGUGUGCAGGAGGUGCACAUAGAGGAGCCGGAAGAGUACGUGUCUCGGAUUGCUUUUGAACCUGCUGUCUAUCAGUGCCUCGAGAACUGUGGUGCUGUCAUUCUGACCAUCACCAGAAAGGGCGGCGACAUUAACAAGACCAUCUAUGUGGAUUACAAGACAGAGGAUGGCUCGGCCAAUGCUGGGGCCGACUACGAGUUCACAGAGGGUACAGUAGUGUUCAAACCAGGAGAGAUGAUCAAAGAAAUAAGCAUUGGUAUUAUAGACGAUGACAUCUUUGAAGAGGAUGAGCACUUUUUUGUGCGCCUCAGUAAUCUGAGAGUGCUGGAGACUGAGGACGAGGUGCUCUCCCCCAACAGUCUCCCGUACCCAAAGGCCAUGUUGGGAUUCCCCACCGUGGCCACUGUGACCAUUCUGGAUGACGAUCAUUCAGGCAUCUUCACCUUUGAAAGCAACUCGGUGCACAUCAGUGAGAGCAUCGGUAUUAUGGAAAUGAAAGUGCUGAGGACUUCUGGAGCAAGGGGGACAGUCAUUGUGCCAUAUCGCACCGUGGAGGGACUCGCCAAAGGAGGAGGAGAGGACUUUGAAGACACAUAUGGAGAGCUUGAGUUCAAAAACGACGAGACCUGCAAACUUAUUCACGUGAAAAUUAUUGACGAUGAGGAGUAUGAGAAAAACAAGAACUUCUUCCUGGAGCUGGCUGAGCCUCGCAUGGUAGACAUGAGUCUGCAGAAAGACGUGCCAGACAGGAAGCUGACAUCAGACGAGGAGGAAGCCAAGCGGAUUGCAGAAAUGGGAAAACCGGUGCUGGGGGAAAACUCCAAGCUGGAAGUCAUUAUUGAGGAAUCAUAUGAGUUUAAGAGCACAGUGGACAAGCUGAUUAAGAAGACCAACCUGGCACUGGUGGUGGGGACUAAUUCCUGGAGAGAACAGUUCAUGGAGGCCAUUACAGUCAGUGCAGGAGAUGAGGACGAAGAGGACACAGGGGAAGAACGGCUGCCGUCCUGUUUUGACUACGUCAUGCACUUCCUCACCGUCUUCUGGAAGGUCCUGUUCGCUUGCGUCCCCCCCACAGACUAUCUGAAUGGCUGGGCCUGUUUCACCGUCUCCAUCAUCAUCAUCGGCCUGCUCACAGCUGUCAUCGGCGACCUGGCGUCUCAUUUCGGCUGCACCAUCGGCCUCAAGGACUCGGUCACUGCUGUUGUUUUUGUGGCGCUUGGUACAUCUGUCCCAGACACCUUUGCCAGUAAGGUAUCAGCCGUCCAGGACACCUACGCAGACGCCUCCAUUGGGAAUGUGACCGGCAGCAACGCCGUCAACGUCUUCCUGGGAAUCGGCGUGGCCUGGUCGGUGGCGGCCAUCUACUGGCAGAUGAAAGGGAAGCCGUUUGUAGUGGAAGCUGGCUCGUUGGCCUUCUCUGUCACUCUCUUCACCAUCUUCGCCUUCAUGGCCGUUUCGGUGCUGCUUUACCGGCGCCGAGCCCACAUUGGGGGGGAACUGGGCGGGCCCCGGGGACACAGAAUGGCCACAUCAGCCUUUUUUUUCAGCCUCUGGUUUCUUUACAUCCUCUUCUCCAGUCUGGAGGCUUACUGUCAUAUAGAGGGCUUCUAAACAGGAAAGACUUCAGUGUGGGAGAGUACAAACACGCAGGGGUGAGAGUGAAACCUCACUGUGGGUCAUUCUUGUAUGGUAUGAAAGGACAGGAGAGGUCAUCCCAGACACCUCCCUCCCUCUCCCUCCUUCUCUCUCCCUCAACCCUUUCUGUAAGGAUGUCUGGAGGUGCGUAUCCUGCGCUCUAGUCCCAGUCCCAGUUUAUAGGAGCUCCUCCCUCAGCCUGUUGGAGUGUGCUUACAGCUGGGAUUGGGUAACACCGAGUCCAGAAGACGCCGAUGCCAAGACGUGGUCCUGCGUUCCACCGGAGUAGACUGCAGUCUUAUAUAACCGGAGAGAGCUGAGUUAAUCAGAGGUCUAUAUUUUUCUCAACAUUUGAUGAGAAUGAAGUUUUUUAAAAAGUAUUUUUUGGGGAUAAAAACGCAAAAAAAUAAAUUAAAAAACACAAAAGAGGAAUCAAGGAACUAUUUUCUGAUUUAUGUCAAGGAAGAGCAAAAGAUUAUAUCAUAAAUGGAGAGUCAUUAAGUGACAGUGGGAUGGAUUCAUGGUAUUAUUAUUAUUAUUUUUUUGUUUCCUGAGGAGCAGAGUUCUCAGAAAUCACACAGAGGAGAACAUCAGGGGCAGCAGUGACAGUUCAUACUGGCUGAAGAAUCAUCAUUUAAACCGGCGACAAGGACGACGUGGACGCGGCGAACACGGUCAAACUGCCCUGAACAUUGCUACCGUACUCUAUACGUAUCUAUAUAUAAUAUAUUUCCAUAUUUUCUGUAUAUUUUGAAUAUUUGUUUAAAUGUGGUCACCUCCUGCUCUAACAGAGGGGUCGCUGUGGCUUAGCGGGAGAGGAGGGGAGGGGGGUCAAACUAUAUACUAGAAUGAUGUCUUCAGAUUUCUAAGAGUUAUGUAUCUAGGUAAAAUUAUGACAUUGUAUUUUAUUUAUUUACUGAUAUCUUGGUCUCACUCAAAUUUUCAACUUUUCAAUCAGAAAUUCAAAAAAAAAAAAAACUAAACGUGUUGCUGCAGAUAUAAAUCCAGAGGUAUUUUUGUACUGUUCCUUCCAUGCACUUUGCUGUAUAGUUCUAUUUAUGGAGACUUCUACUUGUACAUGUGCAAGAGGCCAAUAUUAAAGGUGUAACUAUGGAGUGAACAGAGUGCCUGUGACGGGAGAGGCGUUUGUUUCAGCUGCCCACACUGAGCAGCUCUUCGCUCUGCAGAAAAGCUGAAGAGUCUUUUUCUUAAGUUGCAUUAAUAGAUUUUUGGCCACGGCAGGUCAAGCUAACUAGGGCUGCAGUUAACAUUUAGUUUCUUUACUGAUUAAUAUGUCAGUUAUUCUUGUGACUAUUAGUUUUGUCUAUAAAAUAAAACACUGAUAAAUGCCAUUCAGUCCCGGUUUCAUACAGCUGAAGAUGGUCUUCAGAAAUCUUGUUUUGUCCAACUGAAAGUCCAAAAACCCUGAAAUAACAGAAAAGCAGGAAGUCUUCUUGUUUUGAAGGGCUAAAAACCGCAGUUAUUGUGACAUUUCCUUACUUGAAAUAUGACUUAAUCAGAAUAUUUACUGAUUUCUUUCUGGAUUGUUUAAUCAUUUAAUCAAAUAAUUGUUUCAGCUCUAAACACAGCAUCAGUUAAUAUAUAUUAUAACCCCGUAGAAAGAAAUUACUGAUGCCAUGUGCUGUUGUUCUAGCUUCUGUAUCUAAUUUAAGGCUUCUUUCAUAUGUGUUUCUACAAAGGUCAGUGACAGCCCUGGAGUUCACUAUCCACUUUUUAACAUGCAGUAAAUGACUGUUUACCAAGUUGAAACCCUCAUGAUCUUAAUAGCCUUGAUAACAGUUCACCAUUAGCAUACAGCACAUACAAAAAUCUACCAGUGUGUUAGGCAAUGCUUUUAACAAUUACUCAAUUUAACGUGAGUUUCCAUCACAACUUUGCUUCUGUAAUUUGAAACUCCGCUUACCGCGUGU